AUGAGUAACGAUGGUAUGGCGGCAGUAAUGAUUCUGAUGCUGGCAGCGGCUCGACAGACACUUGGAUACGUUAUUCCGAGGGGCAUGAUUGCGAUAAAUGAGGAGACGGGGGCCGUCUACAGUGUAAAAGAUGAUAAUGAUCCGUUCAAUAAGUAUCCCGAAGGCUAUGGGGAAGAUGAACUCGACAUGGAUAUCAUGCUAUUCUCUUUGAUUACGAUGGUUCUGAUGUACGUCUUUGUGUGUUUCCUUUACAUCUUCAUCAAAUACAUUGUGAACAAACUGAUGAGAGACAACAGUAGCAUCUCACUUCUCAACGAUGGUGAUACGAACCGAAGGCUGCGUAGAACAACGGAGCAGCUGAAUGCUAGAUGGCCUAGCGCUUUGGAUAAUGAGGAGUACGUUAAGGAUAAACUAGCGAAGCUCUCCCCAGAAGAGCAAUUUUACUACAAGCAGGGCGAAGAGUACAUCAGGCAGAAUCCUCCUCUGAUUAUUCCGCACGCUUCGUCCUCCGAUGAGCAGGUGGAGGAUCCCAUCGUAAACGAGUCAACGAGACAGUUCAUCAACGAGGAAGGCGCUUACGCAUGGGAAUUUCAACCGGACUCUAACCUACCCAACGAUACGGUGAUUGUGGAAAACAAGACGGAGGUAACAUUUUUGAAUUAUAACUAUGAAGCAUCUGUGAUGACAAAUUUGCCCAUUCCUAGAAUCAAUAGGGUUUAUUAUUGUGAGUUCAAGAUUUUCGAGCUAAGAGGCAAUAGUGGCACUACCUCUAGCGGCUCGCAUCACUUAGAGGAUGACGAAACGAUUUCCUUUGGGCUUUCUACAUGUCCUUAUCCGUAUUUCAGACUGCCGGGAAAGCAUCACCAUUCCAUUGCGUACGAUUCAAACGGUUCUCGUAGAUUCAAUGAUUCAUUUGCCCUGGAUCCAGCUCUUCGUACGCUGUUUCCAAGACUCGAAAAAGGUGACGUAGUUGGUAUAGGAUAUCGUUCCAAUAGCGGGACCGUUUUCUUUACGAGAAAUGGUAAAAAACUGAAGGAGGACUCCGUUGGAGGUCACAUCAAGGGUUGGAAGUUCAAGUAUCUUUACCCAAUAAUUGGUGCUAAUGUUCCUUGCAAAAUUCACGUAAAUUUUGGAACAUACGGAUUUGUAUACAUCGAGGCAAACGUCAAGAAAUGGGGUUACGCUAAAACCAGUGGUAUGAAGUUGCCUCCACCAUCCUAUGAAGAGUAUGGCCAGGACACCCUUUUAGAAAGCGGUUGCGAGGAAGAUUUAACCGAUAACGAAUCCACCUCCUCUAUUAAUGGAGAUAUAGUAGACAGCCAGGGCGAAUUGCUACCGCCUCCGCCGGGGUUCGAGUAUAGCACGUCGCCUAUCGAUUCGACGAACGCUAUGGAGGAAGCCAUAAAUCUGAACUCUUUGCCAGCGGAGCCACCGAGCUAUUCCGAUGAUGAAAUAUCGUCACGAAUAAAAUCAGAUGCACCAAGGAUUGGUAGUAGCUCAUCUCAACUAGUUGAAGAAGGAGAUUCAAAUGAUCAAAAUGGUUAUGUCCAUGACGAGGAAGAAGAUGACGAAAUGAACAUCGAGGAAAGCGGGCAUUCCAGAAAAACUAACGGGAACACUUUGUCAAAUCAAUUUAUCCAGGACUAA